GGCUCGAGACUACCCGGGUACCAGACUACAACCAUGUCCAAACUUCCUGAAACCUUCGCACCGACAUUAAAGACAAUCAAUGAAAGGCUCAGUGCCGAUUCGCUGAGUGCUUACAAUGUUUGCCUCAAAUUAGAAGGCGAAGUCAGCCAGAAGGACGUCAAAUACGCAAGAGUGCUCGGAUACAUGGUCCUCUAUCCUCCCUCUUCUAACGCUCUUGCAAAGAUUUUGGAAGAAAUCCACUCCUGCGGGGGCGAAAAAGCUACGUUAGUCAAGCUCGGAAAAUUUUAUGUGGAUUACUACAUUCAGGGCUUCAAAAAACACAAAACGAAAACACCAGCUUCUUCGGAACAUGCCAGUCGUCCUUCAUUCGAUAAGGACAAGGACGCUCUACUGGCCGUGCUGAAGGAGGCUCCUCAAGACCGAAGAACCGCAAAGAAACAAGCUCUCAUUCGUGAUGGUUAUAGGUGUGUGGUAACUGGGAAGUACCACGUAGAAAUACCGGCAAGCUUCGAGGUCGACAAAGAGGAUAAGAGCCUAGUAGGCACAGCCUUCACACAAUGUGCACAUAUUGUACCCGAAGCGACGUACUUCGACAUCUCUGAUAAAGUGUCCCAGGCCAAGAAGAGAGACUACUCUGCCUCAUUGCUCGCUGUGUUGCACCGAUUUGGCUAUAACGUCGAGAAUAUCAAUGGCUCCAAAGUACAUUCGCUGUACAACGUAAUGACGCUGGAACUCAAUGUCCAUGAUGCUUUUGAUCGUCUAUAUUUGUGGUUAGAGGCAACUGAAAUCGAGAACUGCUAUAAUGUCGUGAACGUCAUUGGAUUUACCUUGCCCGAGAAGAUCACAUUCACGCGCCCUGCCAUCCUUAGUCCCGGCUUUCACAAGGAAUCUCCGUUCCCCUCCCCCGAACUGCUUGCUCUGCAUGCAUCAUGUGCCAAAGUUGCCCAUCUUUCAGGAGCAGGUGAAUACCUUGAUGAGCUGGAUGAGGAUCUAGAUGAAAUGCCAGUGUUGGCAGCUGAUGGAAGGUCGUCUGAUGUAUUGGACCAUGCGCUUUUGCGUUCGUUGAGCUUUAUGCCAUCCCUUGUCGACGUCGAAGUGUGAAUGGACCCUUUCCUCGUCUGAGUGCCAUCGGCAUCCACAGUCUACGUCUUCUUCUAGUACCACCAUGCCCCCCGUUAGAACGCACGUUCAGCACCUCGUCUUAUCACAUAGAAACGUCAGUGUCAAUCACAAAAACUUUUUGCGUAUGUGUGCCCUAGAAAGAUUACUCAAACAGGUCAAAUUCAUGCUGUAUUCAUGUCCUCUCU